GAGACGAGUCCUCUUCUUAGACCACCGAGGACUUCCUCCAGCAUCACCAUGGAGCUGGCGGCGCUGCUCCGAGUGAUGGUCUGCUCACUCUGGCUGCUAACGUGCGCCACUUGGUCAGCAUCUGGGCUGAUCUCUGGCACCAACGGUACGUCACAGCAGGAUUCCACUGUACGCGACUGCAGUGAUUUGCCCUACUACUUUGCUAGUGGAGUGUACACAAUUUACCCUGAUCGUCUCACUCCGACCUCUGCCUACUGUGACAUGGACGACGGCGAGGGAUGGACCGUCUUCCAAAGAAGAGCCGACAUCACACCCAGGCAGGACUUCUACAAGGACUGGGAGGCCUACAAGUGGGGCCUGGGAAGUUUCGAUGGAGAGUUCUGGUGGGGACUUCAUCACCUCUGGCAGCUGACCUCCCAACUAGACAGAGUGUACGAAUUAAGGAUCGACCUCUGGGAUUUUGAAGGACAGACGAGGUACGCCACCUACCAGAAGUUCACCAUCGAAUCCGAGGAUGGCGACUACAGAAUUGACUUUGGCGACUACUUCGGGACCGCCGGGGACAGCCGGGGUCUAACCUACAACAAAGGAAUGAAGUUCUCCACAGUAGACAGAGACAAUGACAUUUCGUAUGAUAACUGCUCGUAUCGCUUCCACGGGGCCUGGUGGUAUAAUGACUGUGCCUGGGCCAACCUCAACGGACAGUACCAACCCGGAGUAAUAGGCCACACAAGCAUCUUUUGGUAUGAAUGGAAAGGCCAGGACAGUCUGAACGCCACCACAAUGAAGAUCAGACCCACAAAUACGCCCUAAACACGUAGCUGCACUCUUGACAGUUUGUUUUCAUUUUGGAAAAGUCGUAUUUAGCUUUGGGAAGCUGUUUAUGUUUAACUGCUGAAUAUCAAUUUUGGUUUUGUGUGUUGGUUCUGCAUAAAAGGUAUCGUUUAAUCAAAAUCAGUUUCAGCAAUAAACUGAAAAUGUUUGUGUGCUUUUUAUUGAAGUGCGUAUGCUUGGUAUCCUCGCCAUUACAAUCUGUCUAUAAGCAAUGUUUUGUAAAUAGCGCCGGCGCUAUGAGGAUAUCAGCCGGCGCUACUUGUUCCGGCCAGUCGCCGUGGAAACAUCCGGCGCACUGGGCCCUGAUAGUUGUGCCUCUCUGAAGGAGCUCGGCCGGCGCAUCGUGCAGACAACCGGAGACCGACGCGACAUUGAACAUCUCUUUCAGCGCAUAUCGGUGGCGGUGGUACGCGGAAACGCCACGGCCGUCCGACUCGCCAGUGCCUCCGACAGACCCGAGUCCAGAGUCAUCAUCACUAGCAACAGCAACGGCUGCAACAACAGCACCAACAGCAGUGGCAGGAACUGCGACGUUGGCCGCAUCAGCAAGUGCAGCGACGGCGAUGGCAAAGGCGGAAGUGACAGCCAGAACAGUGGCUGCAGCAACAGCAGUGGCGGGAGAUGUGACAUACUUCGGGCGGCAGCAGAAGCAGGGACGGCGGCGGGAGCCGAGCAGAGCCGCCAACACAACACCGCAGCCAGGAGCCGAGCCGAAACCCACUGGAUGACCCCGAGCUAGCUCGCUACCUGCAGCCGCGCGCCCCUCCCCCGCCUAUGGGCACACAAGCGCCGACGUCACAAGAUCUCGCCGCAGAGCUUCUAUCCAUUACUCCCAUCCCAUCCCAACCCACCCCACCCCACCACGCGCCCCAUCCUCCGCGUCCUAAUCCACUUGCCGCAUACGCUGUCCUUCUGACCGAAAUGCGGCAGAGCAGCCACGAGAAUAAGGCCCUGUCAAAGUCGCUCUGAAGUGUGGGGCGACAAAUGUGGUGACGCAGACGCUGUGUAGUUAUAUGCUGUCUAGCUGUGUAAUCUUUGUUUAUAAGAUAUCUAUGAUAAUGACGAUGUUGGUGCCAUUGACCUGUCUGCUUUCUUCAAUAUAUUUUUCAGUUGUUUUGUAAACA